GGAUCAGUCAAAAAGUACAUGUGCAACAUGAUAGCGUGAGUCAAGUAUAAUAUGCUACCUCUAAACCAAAGAGGUUUGACCUAGAUUUCAUAAUCGGAAGUUAUCUCUUAAAUUAUUGUUUAUCUCAACAUUUACGGCGUACGAAAAACAUUGUGAGAAAGGAUAAUUAUAUUGCUUUUGCAGUACAUGUUAAAGCAAAAGGAAGAAAAGCUGAAGGCUGUGAGAGAGAGGAAGAAAUUUACAGGCUGCCCAUCAAAUUUAAAGGCAGGAAUGAUGAAGUCUGGCAGAAUCAGUAAGACCUGCGUCUCAAAACAGAAACAAGCAGUAUCCAAAUCUUUACCUAGAUCUGUCAGAGGAGGUUGUAGAGGUGCCAUUGUCAAUAGUGCUUCCAGUGCAAACCACUCUUAUGUUGAAUCCAGAGAAGUAUUUGAUAAUAAAGAAUGUGAGAAAAAUGCAGAUCGUUCAUCUGGCAAGUUUGUUGAUGAUGUUUAUGUCCAAGAAACCAGUCUGAAUGCCAUGAAAAAGGCUGUUAUUUGUUUAAAAAAAAUUCCAACACAUUAUGAUGAUGUUGCAACUGAGGUAACUAAAAUGAAAUCAGUGAAAAUAUAUAAAUGGGACUCAAAGUCUAGUAAAAAUAAUGAUAGAACAAAAUCAAAUGAUGAAGGUUUUUUGGCAGAUAAAAAACAAGAAAGUGGGACAGAACAGUUUAUUGAGGAGGCGGACAAAAAUAGUACACGUCAGUCCAGAGAAAAUUUUUUUGUGUUAAAUCCGAGUAAAGGAAAACAAAAGCGAGUGAUAUCACCUCGAUCUCAGAAGGAUGAACUUCUUAUGAAACAGUUUGGAAUUAUUCCAAGCAAGGUUUUCUUAGACAAAGUGAGUGCUGGACUUAAAAGCACAUGUAGUGGUACAAAUGUGGUCUCGAGUGGAGACACAAAAUGUGCAGAAAAAUCUUUAAAUAAUACACAAAAUAAAAUAAAAACUGGUCGGGUGCCACUGUCUGCAUCAGACUCGGGUAUAAAUGUGGACUUUAGUGACAGUGACUCUGAAGAUAAAGAAAUUGCUUUGAUUGCUUUUGAUACAAUUUUGGUUUCAGGUACUGGGCAUACAGAGGGUGGAGUUUCUGUUAAGAAGGUGAAAAUGGAUUAAACAAGUAUUAACUUCAAUGUUAAAGCUCAAACAAGUAUAUCAAAGAGUAAGAGGUCUCCAACACGUGUUCUAACCAUGGAUGGCAUCAAUAUGCGACAUAAAAACAAAAAUGAAAAUAAUAACUCAAAGCAAACGGAAAAGUUUGUCGAUAAGAAUAUGUCAGUAUCAGUUUCACCUAAAGCUUCAAACAAUUCACAUGCAUCAAGACCGAAUUCUCCAAAGAAAGGCAAAAUUGGACCCAGGUAAAAAGUUCAGGAAAGUCUUAAUCUUCCAAGCAUCGAAAGUCUGUCUUCCGAUGAAAUGUCUAAACUUCUUAAUCAGUGUGGUAUGAGCAUAUCAGUUCCUACUUUUCCUCUUAAAAAAAGAGAAGAAACUCCAGAACCAAGCACAUCUAAAGGUCAUGGUCAUAGGAAACGGAAGAGAACUGCCAGAAAAUCAUGUGUUGAUAAUGAAUUAGUGAAGAAAUAUAAUUUGAAGGAAUCCAUUCAAAAAAAUUAACAAAAGUGUAAGUAAUGAUGAAUUGUUAAAGAAGUUUGGUAUACCUAAGCUUGUUGUAGUUGCUACUAAGACUGACGAGUCCUCUGUAACUAUAGAUAUCAAGAGUGAUGAUUUUAAAGAUUUCUCUCAGAAGUCGAUUGAUGCCACUAAACAGAUGAUAGCGAAACCAAAAAAAGGGUUGUCAAGAAACAGUCUAGCAGAAAAUAAAGCUGAAAUAAAUGCUACUAAAGAAUAUGAUAAUGUUUCAAAAGAAAAAAAACUCGAACACGAGCUUUUAUUUCAGUGAAAAAGACAAAACCAAAUAACAAAGAAAAGAAAACAAUGCUGAAGGUCUCAAGCCGAUCAAAAAGGUCUGCAAAGCUCCAGCAUUUAAAACAAAGGAAAGCACAGGUGAUCAUGUGUUUACUUCAACACCAAAAAUUGAAACAAAAUCAACCUCUGCAGUAAUGAAAGCUCCAAAAUUGAAGACAAAAGAACAGUUACAAAAGGUAUGCAGUGUCCGCAAGCUAAUGUGAAGUUGUUUGAACGUAAGGUUUAAAAAUGCAUUACCAGGUAGAGAUGCUUUUCUCAAAAAGUUGAAUACAUCACAGUUAUCGAUAAAAACAAGGAAAGUAAAACUGAUGCAAAGAACAAAGACAGUCCCUAUUGUUGCAGCCAAAUCAACAGAAAAGCUAGAAAAAGACCAUCAAAGCGUUCAAAUAAGGCUUCCUAUGUUAUCUAAAGAAGAAAUUGAUAGAUACACAAAACAAAUUGUCCCUGGUGAUAAACCUAUUGGGGUGAUGGAGCAGAACAAAUCUGAUGAUAUUAAUGAUACUGUUGAAGAAGAUGAAAUAGUUCAAGUGCAGGUUAAUGGAGAUUCCUAUCAGAAAAGAACAUUAACAAAUCAGGAAAACAAUCUCAGCAAAUUAGAAUCUGAAAAUUCUAGACAAACAACAACAGAUUUUCAGGCAAAAGAUGUUGAGUUGAUUGAAAAAUCUGAUGAUCUAAAUUGUUACUCCAAAGAUUUUCUCAACACAGAUAAUAAACUUGAUGAAGUUGAUGGUUCAUUCAAAGAAGAUACUAUUAUUGAAAUUAAAAACAAUACUGUUGAAAAUCUUGCAGCUUCAGUUGAGGAAUUAUGUACUGCUAAGAUGGAACUGGAAUUUGUCAAAGAUGUUGAAGCAUCAAAAAGUACUGAAAUGCAAUAUCAGAUUACUGAAGACUCUGCUGAUGUUAAAACGGAAGUUACUUGUGUUAAAGAUCAAGCUUUGGAAGAAAUGGCUGAAGGAUGUAAUGCAAAUUUGAAUGAUUCGGAGUGUCUGGUGAAGAAUUUAACACAAUGUCCACAAAAACGUAUUUAGAGAAAGAAGACAUACUUUACUUGUUUAAUCAAAUGGUUAUUGAAAAUAAUGAAAGGGAUUCUGAAACGAAAGAAUCAAGUAUUGUUGAUAAAGAUGAUAUUUUAGAACUAGAUAUUAGUGCUGAUAAUGUGUUAAAUGAUGCAAAUGUUGAAAAUGACAAAGGAGAUUCUGAUUUUAAAUGCGGGACAGCAUUCUAGCUAUGGAAAAUGCAUGCAUGUUCGUGUCAAAUCAUUACAAAUCAAAACAUGGAAAUUACUUCAAAAUGCGUAAAUACAUCUGUAUUGAUAAUAAGUAAAGUUAUAAAUGAUGGUUCUGUUGAGUUUAUGAACCAAACACAGGGAAUCCAAAACAUUAUUUGAUUUUGAAGGGUGCAAUUUAACUGAUGAUAGUAAAACAAUUAAUUGCAGAAUGUUCUAUAUUCUUUUCUAGAAAAAUAAUUUGAAAUUGAUAGAGAAAAUAGUGGCAUUAAUUGACGGUUUAACAGACAGAUUUUGGCUUUGUUAACACUUAUUAAUAAGGGAUGUUUUUGGUGUUUUAAAGUACAUAUAAAUUUAAUUGAGAGCUGCUCAUAAUGAUUAGGUGAAUCACUGUUAUUCAAUGUAAAAAGUUUGUUUCGUACCUAUGAAAACAAUGACAAUGUUUUUUUUUAUAAAUAAUAUUUGUUAGUUUAGUAUUACAUUUUUAGCUCGACUAUUAUAUAUGAAAUAUAUAAAUAUGAGCUAUCCUACUCACCCCGGCAUCGGCGUGAGUGUGCGCGUGAGCGUUGGAAUGUUUAAGUUUGCGUACCACCUCAAAUAUUUCCUAUGUCCAUUGACAUAUUGCUUUUAUAUUUUGCAUACUUCUUUACCAACAUGACCCCAAUCUAUAAACAAGAGCAGACAACUGUAUCAAGCAUUUUGUAAGAAUUAUGGCCCUUUUUUCGCUUAGAAUAUGCAUAAAAUUGAUAAAACUAUGUUAAAGUUUGCGUACCACCUCAUAUAUUUUCUAUGUCCCUUGACAUAUUGCUUUCAUAUUUUGCAUACUUCUUAACCAACAUGACUACAAUCUAUAAACAAGAGCAGACAAUUGUAGCAAGCAUUUUGUAACAAUUAUGGCCCUGUUUUCACUUAUAAUAUGCAUAUAAUUGAUAAAUCCAUGUUAAAGUUUGCGUACCACCUUUAAAUUGCCAUAACUUCUUUAUUUAUGCUCAGAUUUGAUUCAUGCUUUGACGAAACAACACUACCUGACAUACCACAAUGGACUCCACCCAAACCAUCCCCCCACACCCCAGAAUCCCCCCCCCCAAAAGAAAACAUCCUUUUUUUCUUAUUUUUGAAAGAUCAUCUAAUAAAUGACCAGACACCCACAUUUACUCCCCCCCCACCCCCACACAAAAAGACUUUUUUUACUUGGUAAAAAAAUAAAAAUACUUAUUUAUUUUAUAUUUUAGGGACCGUCAAACCAUUCCACCCAAGCUAUUGCUAUCAAACUUGAAAUAAAAUCUUAUUAGUUUGUUUUAUGUCUUUACAAAUGUUCAAUAGAUUGUGGAAAAUAUACCAUAACUCAGAAUCGUCUAUAAAGUACAACUUCUUUAAAACAUAAACGAUCAAUAUGUUUCAAUUAUGGUCCUUUUCCACUUAGAAUAUGGCUAUAUUACCUUGACCUUGUUGAAUAUGAAAAAAAAUUCCCCAUGAUGGCUUUCGUUAUACUGUCAAGCUCUCGAAUAGUCGAGCGCGCUGUCCUCUGACAGCUCUUGUAUAAUUAACAUUUUGAUAAAAUAAGCACAUGCUUGUAAUUAUUAAUACUAUUGAUAAUAAUUGUUGUUUAUAUUUGUAAUGUUAAUAUAACAUACUCACCUGAAUGACGGCAUAUAUAUGAUAAUCACUUUGUCGUCCUUCUGUCUGUCAGUCUGUCCGGCUUUUUGUGCGGAAUGUUACUAAGAUGUAUUAUGGUCAUUUAAUGAUAGACAAAUAAAUGAUUUUGAAGGAAAGUCCACUUCAGGAUUUUUGCCGUUUUGUUAAUGUUCUUGUAGGGAGCAUGAAUAUUGAAGCUAUUUAAAUCAAACUUUGCAGAGGACAGAGGAAAAGCAGAGUACAAGAACCACUACACUCUAAUUAUUAAAUUUAGUAAUUGCCCUUUGCGUUACGUUUUUUCUUGUGCUGAUCAUAACUCAUGAAAUAUUAAAGCACUUCAAAUAAAACUUCAUGAAAUAAAAGAGGGCUUAAAUGGAAGGUUGGAUGUUCACAGACCAUAACUCUCUCUUAAGGUUUUACAGAGUUAUGGCACUUACAUUUGCAUGUGUGGAAAACAACUCACUUAGUGGUGAAGGUAAUGAAAUAAAACUUCCUACUUUGAAAGAGGGCAUUGAGAUUAAGUGCAUAGUACAAGAAGCACAGCUAGUAUGCCCUAUGCUUAUAUUUGGAAUAUUCUGUUCCUUAUGUGGAGCAAAACUUUGCUGCAAGUGUGUAAGAUAUUCAAAUGAAUCUUUAUAUUAUAAUAAAUUGCUUUAAGAGAUAUGCCACGUACAAAGGCCUUUAGUCUCUUGUCAAUACUAAAUAAUGAAAUAUUUACAGACUUUUUAAUAAAUGCAUAAACAUGUCUGUUUUCCCACACUUUGAAGGUCAAUAUCGCAAUUUAUUGUAUGUCAGUCAUUGUAUGUGUGUGUCACAAAACUUUAACCUUGGUUAAAAUUUUAUAACUUUUGCAAUAUUGAAGAUAGCAACUUCAUAUUUGGCAUAUAUGUGUUUCUCAUGGAGCUGCACAUUUUUAGUGGUGAAAAGUCAAGGUCAAGGUAAUCCUUCAAGGUCAAAGGUCAAAUAUCAUUGUAUUUUUCGUUCCUAAAACUUUAACCUUCGUUAAAGUUUGGUCAUAACUUUUUGAAUAUUGAAGAUAGCAACUUGAUAUUUGGCAUGCAUGUGUAUCUCAUUGAGCUGCACAUUUUGAGUGGCUAAAGGUCAUCGUUCAAGGUCAAAGGUCAAAUUUAUGGCUUCAAAGCGGCGCAAUAGGGGGUAUUGUGUUUCUGACAAACACAUCUCUUGUUUGUUUUGCUAUUUAUUUGCAAAGAAAAACGAACAUUAGUAUAUCAAUUCUGUUUUGUAGUGCUAUUAGAUAAUUAAGUAAUUCAUAAGCGUGUACUUACGUGUCUGAAAACGUGUGUGUUGUGCUUAUAAUUAGCGUACUAAAACGUUGUCCUCCAAUCAAGGGUCCUCUAAUCCAUGAGUCGGCCUUUACAAACACUCUCAAAUACUUUGAAUUACAACAAACUUAAGAUAACCUCAAAUUUAUGUUAUUUCGCAUUAUGUUGUUAUCCAAUAAUUUUAAUAGUUAGAAACAAAAAAUGUGAUGAAUUGAGAGUUAGUAAAGUCAAAUUGACUUUAAGGGUCGAAUCGUUUUAAGAAUAAAAAUCUUUUUGUUUUUAAUCAAAGAAAAAGCUGGUGAAUUCGGAUCAGGACUCAACUAGUUGCUCAACAUUCUCAUAAUUUAUCCCUACCAUGACAACACAAUUCAUCUGCAACAUUUCUGUGUGCCCCUGCUGGUGUAUUCAUGUUUUGUGUUAAAUCAUACUGUCAUAGAUCGUACAAGUGUGUGUUAUUGAUAAAUGUGUACAUAUAAGUGAUUAAUUUUUGUUUCUUUUGUUUCUGUUAAUAAAGUUGUAUGUUACAUA